AUGCUCGAACAAAAAAAAAGCGUUAAAAUCGUUUUUUCACGCCUUCUUUCGGAACAACAGAGAAAAUAUUAUAAAAUACAGGUCCCUUAUACACGUGGGUCAAUAGCGCAGAAUAGCCGCCUCGAAAAAAAGAAGCUCCAGUGUAAUGCAACACGCAAUAGGAAGCCUAACAGAUUACAAAUUCGAGAGAAGUUGCGAAAUCAAAAUACGGAAGAUAUGAGAAGACCAAGAAAGAAACGAAAAGAAGGUCAAGGAGAUUUAGUGUUGUCUUCACAACAGUUCUCAUUUUUGCCAUCAGAACAAGAUGCAUAUGUUGAACCGAUUACUGACAAGUAG